GGCCGCCCCGCCCGCCGCUCCGCUCCCGCCCGGCGGCUCCGCGGCCUGAGGAGCGGCCCCUCUGCUGCCCUGCGGCCCUCGCCAUGACCGAGGAGAAGGCAGAGUGGGAAAGCCUGAACAGGAUAUUAAUGCGUCAUGGGUUGAAACCCGUGAGUCUUGCUGCCCCCCAAAGCUGCGGAGAUACAUCAGAUAUGAUUGUCCUAGACCAUCAGUCUUCUCAAGAAAUAAGACUUGCAUUAAAAACGCUGGUGGAAGACACUGAGCGACAGCAGAAGGUGAUGCAGGGCCUUAUGGAGGCAAAUCGAUGUCUUAGAGAUGUGGUACGACUGGAACAAGGUCGGGCAUCUCGGCAAGAGCAACGGGCUAAUGAUUUGGAAAUUGUGGUGAAAAACAUUAAGGCCAAAAUUUGUCAGCUGGAAGAUGAAACAAUAGCUAAAGCGUGCCAGCAACAGAACCAAGUCAAGGAACUUCAAAAAGAGCAACAGGCUUCACGGGUAAAAUACCAACAGCAGCAGGAAAAGCUGCAAGAACAGGAAGAGAUCAUUGCCCGCUUGCAGAAGGAGCUGAGCAGAGUUGGGAGGGAGGAGCAGCAGCGAGCUGACACUCAAAACAAAAUGUUUUGUCAGUUUUGCAAAAGAGCUCCCAAGUCUGUUCUGGAUCAGCGGUACCUUUGUCUAAUUGACUAUUAUGAAUCUCAAAUUAGUCAGAUUAAAAAGGAGCUGAGGCAAUAUAAAAAAGAUGAAGACGAGGUGCAGAGAGAAGAAAAAAACAAGGACGAGUUCUUAAAUCUAGAUGCUACUCCUAAUUACAAAGCACUGCUCAUGUCUUUCCAGAAGCAACUUACUGAAACAAAAGCCAAGAAUGAACAGCUUGUGCUUGAAAAUAUAAAUCUCAAGAAAAACUUGGAAAUAAGCAAGCCAACUGCACAGGAAUUAAAAUUUUACAAGCAUCAAGUGAAGAAACUACAGAAAGCUUUAAAGAAAACUGACCAAUUUUCAGGGAGUAGGACUGGAGAAAAAAAAGAAAAGAAAGACUCUGGGAGUGUUGCAAGAGUGGAUGAGCUUCAGGGAGCUUGCCAGCAAUACUUGCAGGUUUUAUCCCAUAUUGAUUCUAUUUUGCAAAGCCCAAGAGCUCCUCCAUUAAUAUUCCGGCCCAGCAAAGGGUCAGUGCAAAAUAACCUGAAAGAGAAUGGACAGGGAUGUGGAUUUGAGCACCUUCCACUCACUAUAGAAAUGUGGGCAGAUCAGCUCAUAGCCCUAAAGGAUUUGCAUAGGUCCUUGAGAAAACUGUCUCUGGAAUUGCUGCCUUGGAACACUAAAGAUCCACAGGAUAACAGAGAAUCCAUACGAGUUGAAGACCUCCAGUUGCUACUAGAUGCAAUUUUGGAAGAACUAGAACAUAAGGAAAAGAACAGCCAGACACAGUCCUUGCAAACCCUGUCUGCCAUAGUGUCUCACUUCCAGAAGUUGUUUGAUGUGAAUUCUCUGAAUGGUGUUUAUCCACGGAUGAACGAGGUGUACGUAAAGCUGGGGGAAAUGACCAACGCCAUGAGGAACCUGCAUGAGCUCCUGGAACUAGACAGUUCAGCUCCACCCACUGUGGUAGUGGAUACUGUUGGGAAACUGUGUGACAUCAUUAAUAAGAACGUGACUGAGCAGGUACAGCAGCUUCUGGGCACCCAAGACAUCCACAGUAUCAUCACUAAGCUUGAAGAACAUGAGUGCUUCUUUCCACCCUUUCAAGCUCUCAUUCAAGAUUUGCUGUGUCUUCUAGAGAUCAGUAACGUGGAUGAUAUUUUACCUGCAGUACAAAACCUGAAAUGGGAAGCUGGUUAUGGGUGACUCUCCUCUUCCUGAGCAAGAUUUCUCUUACCUGUGAAUGUACCUCUUGGUGCACAUGCAGCUACCUCCUAAGCAAUAAUUCCAGAUUUUUUUACAUAAAUAAAAGUUGCUGCAUUUUUAAUUUUUUAAAUUUUAAUUCUUGGUCAGUUUAAGAAAAACUUUAACUACUGUCAGCUGGACUACUUAAUCCCAGAGAGAGGCCAAAUAUACUCUGUAUCAGUCCAGGAAACUGAACCCAGCACAACACCAGCCAAAUUCUAGCCAUUUUUAAUAUUGCUGACACAGUAAGUAUGAAGUAAAGAUGCCCUUACUUCCAUAGCCAUCACACUUACACAAAUGCUCAGUCUUGGUUUUCUGGAGAGCCUCUUUUAAAAUGUUGUUCACAUUUCCAGAUCAGUUUGAGAUGGGAACACAUUGUUACUCAGAGAGUAUUCUCUCUGAUUAUGGACUGAGGCAGACUGGAUUAAUGUAAUCUAGGCCAAAAAUACUUGAAAUUUGCUUCAGGCAAUGGUUUGGAGUUACCAUCGUUGUAUUUCAAAAGUCAGUUUUAGAAAGGAUUAGAUCAAGUCUCUUGUGCAAGACAAUUAGAAGUUUAUUGUACAGAAACAAGUACACCAAGCUUCCAAAAAUAUUUUGCCUCAAUAUUAUUAAAGCUUAGUUUACAAAAGUUUGCUGUUCCUCAGAUAGAAUCUGGGUUUACAAGAUUUUGAAAUGUACUGUAACAAAGGACAAAACCAGUUAAGGCGUCACAAACUAAAACCUUAAUGACAUCUUGGUAAGGUCAUCUCCCUGCUUUUGGAAGCUCAUUAUUUACAUACCUGCAGCCACAGUCAGCUAAGGUACUUCUGAACAGUGGACUACCACCUUCCAGUUUCUCAAAAAAAAAAA